UUCUUUUAUAGAGUUGCGAACCCGCAGCUUUUAUUUUGAAUAGUGAACAGGAACAUAAAUCUCAAACCUCAGCACCAAACAUAAACCCUAAACCUCCAAUUCCUCGUACUCAAAAAAAAAAAACACACACAACAAGAACACAAAAUUUAAUUGAAAAGAAAUUCGAAUAGAACUCAAUACUAUCAACAAUGGCUGCACCAGAAGAAGAAAAAGCAGGUCUUGAAGCCAUAUACAAGCUUAAAUCAACAGACCCACCGUUAUUUCUUGCACCAAAUUCCGACCUUUCUUAUUCCACCCGCAUAGCUUCUCAAUAUCUUUUUACUUCCCUUAAACCAUACACUCCAAAAUCCCCUUUUGAUAAGCUUCUUACUGAUGGUUUUGAUGCUGAGCAGAUUUGGCAACAAAUUGACCUUCAAUCUCAGCCUUUGCUUACUUCUCUGCAAAGAGAAAUCAGGCGUUUUGAGAAAAAUUCAGAUCAAAUUUUGAAACUUUUUAGGGUUUCUGAUGCUAAUGGGGUGUUGGAUAGAGAAAUUGAGAAAAAUGGGGAGGUGAGUUUGGGAGAAGACAGUGAGAAAUUUGAUAAGUUUAGUGAUGAUUUUGAAGAUGAGGAAAAAGAAAAUGGGGAGUUAGAGGGUUUGGAAGAUGAUGAGGAUUCUGAUGAGGAUGAGGAUGAGGAUGAGGAUGAGGAUGAAGAUGAGGACGAAGACGAGGCUGAAGAGGAUGAUGAUGGGGUGCCUGAGGUUGAAGAUGAUUUUUUGAAGAUUAAGGAAUUGGAGAAGUAUUUAGUCAAAGAGGAGGAAAGGGAAUAUGGGUCUGAGAAGAAAAAGGAUAAAAAGGGUAAGAAGAAGAAGCAAAGGGAUAAUAUUGAAGAAGAUGACGACGAUGAUGCUGAGGAUGAAAAUGAGGAGGGGGAUGAAGAUGGUGAUGAGCUUCUUAUGUUCGGGGAAGAUGCUGGCGAUGAAGAUGAUUUUGAAGAAAACAUCAGAUAUGAAGAUUUCUUUGUCCCUGAGAAGAAAGUAUCGAAAAGAAAACAGAAACGUGCAGACAGGUCUGAUGACUGGGAGAUGGAGGUUGAAAAUGUUCGUUAUGCUAAGGAUUCGAAGAUGAAGGCUGAAAAUGUUGAUAGUGCUGAUGAUUCUGAGAUGGAGGAUAAAGAUGAUGCUGAUUCAGAGAUGGAUGAUGACAAUGACAAACAGAACAAGGGAAACUUGUCUACUUAUGAGAGGGAGCGUGAAAAGUUGCAAGAAAAAAUAAAACAAAUGGAAGCUGAAAACUUGGCUCCAAAAGAUUGGACAAUGCUGGGAGAGAUAUCUGCGUCCAAGAGGCCGAUGGAUAGUGCAUUGGAAGUCGACCUUGAUUUUGAGCACAAUGUUAGACCUCCUCCUGUCAUAACAGAAGAGGUGACUGCAUCUCUAGAAGAAAUUAUAAAGAAAAGAAUAGUUGAGGGACGUUUUGAUGAUGUUCAAAGGGCUCCUAAACUUCUGUCUGCACCUCCCAGAGAAACUAAAGAGCUGGAUGAUAAUAAGAGCAAGAAAGGCCUUGCUGAAAUUUACGAGGAAGACUAUGCUCAGCAAACUGGCCUUAUUUCGGCUCCCUUGUCUGUAAAUGAUGGAUUGAAAAAGGAGGCUAGUGAUCUGUUUGAAAGAUUGUGCCUGAAGCUGGAUGCACUUUCCCACUUUCAUUUUGCUCCCAAGCCGGUUAUUGAAGACAUGUCUAUUCAGAACAAUGUUCCUGCUUUAGCCAUGGAAGAGAUUGCCCCAAUAGCUGUUUCAGAUGCAGCUAUGCUUGCACCUGAAGAAGUGUUUUCUGGAAAAGGAAAUAUCAAAGAGGAAAAUGAGUUAACAAAGGAUGACAGGAAGAAACGAAGAGCCAAGAAGAAGAGAAAAUUCAAAGCUAUAAACGCGAAAAGGACAGCAAGAAAAGCAGUUGAUAAACCAUCUCAAACUAAUGCGGAAGGCAAGGAACAAUGGCAAUAGGAAUAGCAAUCUGCUUAGACUUCAAAAUGAUUCAUUAAGAUAUAGCCAUGUUUAACUGUCGAUUGUACACGGUUCACAAAAUCAAUCUUCCAUAGACAUGCCGACCCUAAUUCUUUAUUAUCGAGGCAGCAUUCGCGACUAGUUGAAGCCACAUAAAGCAGUGCUCUGGUUUCUCACCUGUGCAAGGGUAUGAACAAAUAAUUAUUUGUUUAAGAGCGUCAUGCGCAAUUUUGGAGGGUUUUUUUUUUAUAGCAUUUUCUGGAAAUGUAUUGAUAGUUCAUAUUUUGAUAUUUCUCAUGUAUAAGAUGGGAGCUCUAUAUAGACAAUGGUUCUCGUUAA